AUGAGCAAAUUUGUUAGGAUUCUCAUAAAUGUUCAAUUUGAUUAUCUAUUCUUCUUAUCAAAAUGUCCAAAUUACCCAAUGCUUACCCUUGCCCAUUCUUAUUACCCAAAUACCCUAACUUCACAACCACUCAAUCCUGCUUUAAACGCAUCGCAACCGUCAUUAAAAGCUUCACAACCCAAAUUUCACAGACCAUCGGACCGCAAUACACGUUACGUGAUUGUUGGCUUAGGGUUCUGCUCAGUUGGUAUCAUUGGGUGA